AUGGCAGUUUGGAAUCAUACAAGAGUGAAGGAGUUCCUUCUAGUAGGAUUAACUGAAAAUCCUAAUUUGCAAAUCCCUCUCUUUUUUGUUUUUGCUUUCAUUUAUUUCAUCACUCUGAUAGGCAACUGGGGAAUGAUUGUUUUAAUUUGGUUAAAUACCCGACUUCAUACUCCAAUGUACUUCUUUCUUAGCAAUCUUUCUUUUUGUGAUAUCUGCUACUCUACAGUUUUUGCUCCUAAGAUGCUAGUACAUUUCUUAUCGGUGCACAAGUCCAGCACAUUUUCUGGUUGUGUACUACAGAGCUUCUUUUUUGCAGUAUAUGUAACAACAGAGGGCAUCCUCCUGUCUAUGAUGGCUUAUGACCGCUAUGUGGCAAUAGCUAAUCCAUUGCUGUAUACAGUCAUCAUGACUCAAAGAGUGUGUAUACAGAUGGUCCUUGUAUCUUACUUAGGUGGACUCAUCAAUUCCUUGACACACACAAUAGGUUUGCUCAAACUAGACUUCUGUGGUCCUAACAUAGUGAAUCAUUAUUUCUGUGACAUUCCUCCUCUUUUAAGGCUUUCUUGCUCUGAUGCACACACCAAUGAGAUACUGCUUUUGAUCUUCUCUGCGGUCAUUGCAAUAUUCACUUUCAAUAUCAUCAUGAUUUCCUAUGUUCGCAUCAUCAUUGCCAUCCAGAGAAUCCGUUCAGCUGAGGGGAGGCACAAAGCCUUCUCCACCUGUGCUUCCCACCUGACUGCUGUGAUCUUAUUUUAUGGGUCUGUGACUUUUAGUUAUAUCCAGCCAAGUUCCCAAUAUUCCCUGGAACAAGAGAAGGUUUCUGCUGUGUUUUAUACCUUGGUGAUCCCCAUGCUAAAUCCAUUGAUUUAUAGCCUUAGGAAUAAGGAUGUGAAGGAUGCUGCAAAAAGAUCAAUAUUGUGGAAGAGAUUCCCUACUUGA